AUGGAACCAAACGACAAGAUCGUCGAAGUUCCAGCUUUGUCUACUCUGAUUAAUUUGCUGCCUACAGACCCCACGUUAAUUGCUAUCCUUUCUCCCAUGCAGCAAACUAUGGUUGAGAAUAAGCAUUUAAUCUUAGACUUAACAGCAUCACGCUCCAGUCGCACAACAUUCAGCUUCAGAAGAAGCAAAUCCACCAGCCUCAGAGGAGGCACAACAUGCAGCUUCAGAGGAAGCACAACAAUCGUCCAACAGGGACAGUGAUGCCCAAGUACGAAAUAGUGAGGAUGGUCUUAGCCUCUUCAGAGAAAAUGGUUUAGAAGAGGAAAGUGAUAGAUUUUUAGACCUGAUAGAUGACUCCCUUAGAUCAACCCUCUUAUGGUUUUGGGCCUCCUAUCUCAGAGACAGUAGCCAAAAUUGUGAACGAAAAAUUCAACAAAGAUUUGGGUAUAGAUAA